AUGACACAAAUUAGAUUAAGUGAUUAUAUAGAUUAUUCAGAAGUAAGUGAAACAGUACUUUAUAAAUUAGAAGUAAUGAUGAAUAGGGUAAAUCAGCAACUAAUAACAGAUGUUUCUGAAAUUAAGAAAUAUUCAGAUAGAGCUAAAGUAUUGGCAUCAAAGAAUAGUGGAUUAGUAACAAAGUACAAUAAGCUGUGUAAGAAAUACAACAAAUUACAAGAAAAGUUAAAAAAGACUUUAGAUAUUCCUGCAGUACUAAAUGUAGUUAAUGGACCUAAAUCAAAAUUAGUUAGUUAUAUCUGUAAGAAAGCAGAAGAUCAAGAUAAACUUAUUGAAGAAUUAGAACUUUAUAAAGAGAAAGUAAACGAGUGUAAAUUUAAACUUUCAUUAUUUGAUAAAAGAGAAAUUAAAUUUAUAAGAGAAAGUCUUAUUAACUGUAAAAAUGAUUUUAUUAACUUUAAUUUAAAAAUAGAAAGUUUAUUUAAUGAUCAGUUAGUUAUUAAAGAAAAUGAAAUGAUUGUAAAAAAUAAUGAAAUUAACAAUGUAACUAAUGAACUUAAUUUUACUAAAAAUCAAUUAAUUAAUAAAGAAAAUGAGUUAAUUAAAUUUAAUGAUAAAAUAAAAGAAUUACUUAACAAAGAAGGUGAUUAUAUUAAUAAUGAAAAAGAUUUAAUUGAAAAUAACAAAAUAAAAACAAAAGAGCUAGUUAAUUUAAGAAAAGAUAUAACUUUUCUUAAAGAAAAUUUUAAAGAUUUUAAUUUGUUAAUUAAUCAAUUAAUUUUAUCUAAUCGAACAAAAAUUGAGAAGCAGUCAAUUUUAAUAGAAAAAUACAGGGGAAUAAAAGAGGCAUAUAUGAAUCUAAAAAAGAAUCAAGAAAAAGAUUUAAAUAAAUAA